AUGUCUCAAUGGCUUACAGACGAUGCAUUCAAGCUUCUGCGGGGCUUAUAUAGCCAGGUUGUCACCACAAAGUGCACUAUCAGCUCAUUACAGAUAAUACAUGAUGCCCCAGACGGAGAGAUUCUUUUCCACGAGUCGGCUGAAACCGAUACGCUAGACAUUGCAAUGUCCAAGAAAACAUACCUUAUGAUAUUUGCCGAAGCACAUGCUGUUUUUGAGAAAUUGGGCUACAAGUUUGACUUGCAGCUGCUUACAGGAACCGAGCUAUGGGCACUUUACUACGCCACAACUUCCAUAAUGUUGACCACAAACGAACAUUCGACUAUCUGGAGACUACAUCGAGAAGUCGUUUUUGAGCUUCAUGGUAGAGGCGAAGAAAUCAUCAAGAAUGACUUUGACUAUGUCACUUUCCUUGCAACAUCCAAACUCAAACGAGUCAACAAAAGCUCCAUGCUAUUUCACUGGAUAAGGUUUUUGAUGGUACCGCUCUUUGAAGAUCUGGAGGUUAUUAAGACUCUCAUACACCGCUUACUUCGAUCCAUAGAGGUGCAUUUUGCCAAUUACUGUGCUGGGUAUACCUUCCAGUGGUUGGUUCGACUUCUUCACGCUAGCCAAAAACAAGAGCUUUUUGAAUAUGCGGGCCUUCAAAUCAGGCAAAUUUGCAGAAGCCAUCUCAGCGAUAUCACUAUAUGGGAAACCUACUCUGUAUGGCUCACUGCAGAUUCAGACCCAUUUGCAGUGGAUCUGUUCAACAGAGAUGUUUUACAAUGGAACAAGCAUUCGGUGUUCGUGACGGAAAUGCAGUACGGUCCGCAGAUGUCAGGAACAGAUGAUGUGGUGUUGGAAGACUUGGAAUGGCUAGUGAAGGUCAAGUGUGCCUACAUUUCGCCCUACGAAAGUCUUUACAAAGUAACAAAUGACAAGGAUGCUUUUAAGCACCGACUUUAUAUCCUCAGGCAGCCUGAAGAAGAUAUAUUCAAUGCUAGAGAUGACGCUAGCACUGAGCGCCUUUUGUCUGCAAUGAAGAAGUACCACAAAAUCCACACCAGAUUUGCAAGAUACCGAGAAGAACUGGACGACGAAGAGGUCGCAGAGCAGGAACAGGCUCGUCAAAGUCCCGAGGCGGCUGCAUCCACAGCUGCUAACCCACUGGGUAAGGUAAGCGCUGCUCAGAUCAGACUACAAAAAGAUGUCACUGAGCUCGAAUUGCCCUCCACUGUGAAGGUUGAGUUCCCUGAUCCUCGUGACCUUUUCAACUUUAGAAUCUUCAUCCGUCCAGCCGAGGGCUACUACAAUGGUGGUGUCUUCUCCUUCACUGUGGAGAUCGGAGACAACUUCCCCAUCGAUCCACCCAAGAUCAAGUGUACUCAAAAAAUCUACCACCCCAACAUAGAUUUGGAGGGAAAUGUGUGUCUCAACAUCUUGCGAGAGGACUGGCUGCCUGUGCUUUCGCUCAAUUCGGUGAUCCUGGGGCUCAACUUCCUCUUUUUGGAACCCAACCCAAAUGACCCAUUGAACAAGGCUGCUGCAAACGUUUUGGCAAAGAAUACAGCCACGUUUGCCCGCAACGUCCGUCUGGCCAUGCGUGGUCUGACCAUUGAUUACGAGAAUUACGAUAGGGUGGUAUAA